AUGUCCACAAAUUAUUCCUACUACCUGAUCCCCCUCGUCCAUCUCCAAACACUAGCCACCUCAAUCCGUUUCGCCUCUCGACGACUGGGCUUUCCCAACAACGUCAAUCCGCGAGAUGUGAUCAAGGAGAUGGAAGCUUCUGGGAAGCUGAAGAAGGAGGUAUUGGAGAAGAUCAAGAGGAGACAAGCAGCACAUGAGAAUUGUUUCGAGAACGAAAGUGUAUGGAUUACAGCUGUGCUGGCAGGAAAUCAAGUAGGAUUAUCGACUAGUUGGAUGAAUACUAUGUCGAUCACUUAUUUUGUGUUAAGAUGUGUCUACAUCUACUCAUAUAUCAACAUCUCCACUCAGAAGAGAAGCAUCAUCAGGACGAUCGCUUAUUGGGCUAGUAACUUUUGUUUCUUAGCUACGUUCGUCAAAGCAGGAUUGAAGUUCAAUUCUACCUCUAAGCUUUUAUGA